AUUCAUUGUAACAAUAUCCCAAAAUAAGAGAAUUAAGCAGGUGUCACAGAACCUCAGCUGUAGCAAAGCACAUAUAGGCAGAAAUGAUAGGAAUGUGUUUAUUUCAACAAACUGGAUGUUUAAGCAGAAUGAAACUGUAUUUUCUAUGGGGAGAGAUGAUGGAAUGGGACAGGGAGUGAGCACCCAUAGCCGUGACUGCAGGCUGAUUACUGGGUGUCACUAACAACUAGCACUGAUAGGAAGAGAGAUCUCGCAUGAGACCUGCCCCCCCUCCUCCUGUCUAUCAGCUACGCUCCAACCACUCCUUUACUUUCACUUUCACUGCGCAAAGGCCUGAGAGAGGGACAAGAAGAACGAGUGAAGUCGCUGGGGAUAAAGAAGACGUACAAAAGCAAUAGGAAAAGCUCAGCUAGAAGGUAAAAAUGUCGUCGAGCAAACAGACAGCGGUGGGGAUAUUCUCCAGGUGUGGGGAAGAUGAAUACCUUUGGCUUGUCAACGCUCUGCGGGAUUAUACCAACGUCUGCCCCCAGCCCUUUGUCAUUACCAACUCCAACGCCUCCGCUUUUAGGGAAUCCGUCCGUACUAACAACUUUGCCAUUUUGUAUCACUCCAUGAACAGAGGGAGGCUCAAUAUCACCGACGUGACUGAUUCUCUGUAUGACGAUGAGCUGCAAGUUCUAUCCAGCAUUCUCGGGAAAGACAAAGUGAUGGUAAUUGCUGAUGACAUAGAUGACAGCAGUCAUAAUGCAAAGAACAGAAUUCUUCAUAGUCAACCAACCAUCAAACUCAAAGCCCAGGAUCUAUUCCUGUUCAGCAGGGAGGACAAGACUAAUUACAACAUAUUGAUAAGCAAAAUGGCACCCAUAAAAGAAAUAAUUACUGCAGCUUCCCACAAGAGUAUAAACAUGAGCUCUGUCUCUUUGUCCCUUGUAACAUACGGAACUACAAUAAUCUGUGUGGGAAAUGCACUGUGCAGACCCAGCGUAUGGAACUGGGCUCUUGCCUUUCCCUGGGUUGCAGCUUCCCUGGGACUUGUGAGAAAUACAUCCUAUAUACCCUAUAUACCUGCUGGCCUGCGACUGAGUGAAAUUUAUGUGGUGCCGGCUGGGGUUGUGACAAUACUUUCUAUCUUCCAGCCUGAUUGGCCUCACAUUAUUAUCUCUCAUAUCCUGUCUCUCAUAUCCUAUGUGCCUAACCUGGUCACCUUGGGAUGUGCAUGCUCUGACCCAAGUGUUAAGAAAAUCUCCACCUUGGUGUCUCUCAUAUCCUAUGCAAUUAAACUGGUCACCUUGGGAUGUGCCUGCUCUGACCCAACCAUUAAGAACAUCUCCACCUUGGUGUCUCUCAUAUCCUAUGCAAUUAAACUGGUCACCUUGGGAUGUGCCUGCUCUGACCCAACCAUUAAGAACCUUUCUCUUCUCUUUGCUUGCACAAUGGUCUCCCUGUGGCUCAGACGGUGUAUGCGAGUGCCAGAUAUCUCUCAUAUCCUGUCUCUCAUAUCCUAUGUGCCUAACCUGGUCACCUUGGGAUGUGCAUGCUCUGACCCAAGUGUUAAGAACAUCUCUCAUAUCCUGUCUCUCAUAUCCUAUGCGGCUAACCUGGUCACCUUGGGAUGGGCAUGCUCUGACCCAAGUGUUAAGAACCUUUCUCUUCUCUUUGCUUGCACAGGGGUCUCCCUGGGGCUCAGACGGUAUAUGCGAGUGCCAGAUAGCUCUGUCUCUUUGUCCCUUGUAACAUACGGAACUACAAUAAUCUGUGUGGGAAAUGCACUGAGCAGACCCAGCGUAUGGAACUGGGCUCUUGCCUUUCCCUGGGUUGCAGCUUCCCUGGGACUUGUGAGAAAUACAUUCUAUAUACCCUACAUACCUGCUGGCCUGCGACUGAGUGAAACUUAUAUGGUGCCGGCUGGGGUAGUGACAAUACUUUCUAUCUCCCAGCCUGAUUGGCCUCACGUAUUAUCAUCAUAUUGCACCUCCAUAUUGCAGAAGCAUAAGGGGAGAUAAACCAAAAUGAAUAUAUUGGCCAUGUCAAGUGAAAGGACGCCAUUGUGGGCUUUUAUAAUAAAGAUGAUAAACAUGUUUAUUUGAGUGAUUAGAAAAUUCUGCAAUGUCCCAAAGUGGAGGACAAUGGACUUUUCAGAUGUUUCCAUUUAUGGCAAUAACAUAAUAAAAGAAAUGCAGAUGUAGACUUCUAGAGUUAUUUUUGACUUGCCUUAGUUAUGAACUUAAUGGAAAUAAAUCAACAACUGAUUUGAUAAA